AUGUUCAGUCGUAUUAUGGCUAAUGAAGAUGUUUUUUAUCGCUCCGAGCAACGUGAUACUCCUGAUUUGACUGUUCAGCAGAAAAGAGAUAUUCUCAAGGAACUCUACCAAAAGAAUCCUAUUUUAUUCAUCAGCAGAUAUUAUAAGUAUUUAAUAACGGAUGAUUUCCAUUGUUUUGACAUGGAUAAUUAUGAAAUAUCGAUGUAUAUGAAUAUCAUUAAAGAUCGGUUAAAUACGAAUAAGAAUAUUAUGGUACGAAAUCGUCGUUAUGCAGAACUGAUACGAUUAAAAAAAGAAACUGAUUAUUUUUCAAACAGUAAAAUGCGAGAAAGGGAACCUAUUUUAUUUGAUAAAAUGAUUGGAAAAUUUUUGCCUGAAGAAGAACAAAGUCACUUACGACCAACUGUUCACGACGAAAAAUUCUCAAGUAUUCUUCUGCGAUUGAGUGAGAAAGAUUGCAAUAAUUCAGAAACAAGUGAUAGGUUCAUCAGUAAAUCAAAAGACAUCUGUGAUGAUGAAGAAUUCGGUAGUCUUGCAAAACAUGCUAAAAGUCGCUUGGAUAAUUAUGAUAAAAAUUCGCAAUCUCAUAACAGUUCCAUGGAAUUUGAUAGUGGUGAUGAUAUUAAGCAAUACUGGGAUGAUGAUGAUGAUGAUGAUAAAGCUGAACUUGAAAAAGAGUUCAUAGACUAUAUGGAACAAAGAUUUCUUACUGGUAAAGAUGGAUUAUUCGUUAAUUACGAUUUGAUUGAUGGUCAACAGUUGAAUAAAGAAUUCGAGAAAUUACGUGAACGUGAUUUAGAAGAUGCCUAUUUCAGCGAAGAUUGA